AUGGUGGAGAAAUUGGGCAAAAAUGUUGAAUUCUACAUCUUUACAAAGCUUAAACUCUUCAUUCGAAACUCAGGUGCAAAGAGGAGGUUCUCCCCACAAAGGCCUAAUGCUUGCAGGUCCCAUUUUCGUGCCUACUGUUGCCCUGGCUGGAGGACAUUGCCUGGCAGGAACCAGUGUGUUGUCCAUGAGUGCAUCUGCAGGCACACCUGCAGUGAUGGCUUCUGCUCCCAGACCAAUCUGUGCACCUGUAUGGAUGGAACCCUGGCUCCCAGAUGUGGGGUGAGCAGAGCAUCUUCAGGGUGCAGUGUGAGCUGCAUGAAUGGGGGCAGUUGCCAAGGGUCAUCCUGUCUCUUCCAAAGAGGCUGUGUGGGCACAGUGCAUGGACAGCCUAUCUGUGACCCUGGCUGCCACAACAGAGGACAUUACACAAGUCUCUGUGCUUGUGUGUAUGGCUUCAUGGGGCCUCAGUGUGAGAGAGACUACCAGGUAGUGUCCUGCUUCAGCCAAGUGAGCCCUGAGGGGUGCCAGCACCAGUGGACCAGCCUCACUUGCACCAAGGCUCUCUGCUGUGCCACUGUGGGUCGUGCCUGGGGCCUUCCCUGUGAACUCUGCCCUGCACAGUCGCACUGCUGUCGCCAAGGCUUUGUUCCCAAUACAGGGGCCUGCCAAGAUAUAGAUGAAUGUCUCAGUGUGCCCAGCCUCUGCUCUGGGGGUGACUGUACCAACACAGUGGGGAGCUACAUGAGUACCUGUCCCCAAGGCUUUGCCAGCAGCCCGGAUGGAGCCCGCUGCCUGGAUUACAGAGUAGGUAUCUGCUUCUCUGUGCUAAUCGGGGAUCGCUGUGCUGCAGACCUUGCUGGCCACUACACCCACAGACAGUGGUGCUGUGAUAAUGGCAGGUGCUGGAUAGCUGGUCCCACUCCAGAGCUGUGUCCUGCAAAGGGUUCUGAUGAAUUCCUGCACCUGUGUACCCAGGGGUUCCCACUGCUGCCUGUGUAUCCAGGCCCCUUCCCUGGACUCCCAGAUGUUGGAUCCAAUGGCCUGGGACCAGCACAACAGAACACCCCCAGUUCCAAGAGACUUAAAGUCCCCAACCUGGGCUCUGGCAACUCCAACUUUGGUACAGUCACUCUGAACCAAACUAUUGACAUCUGUCGCCACUUCACCGUCCUGCGUCUCAAUGGCCAUUGCCUGCCCACCCCUUCCAGCUACCACUAUGAAUGCAAUGUGGGCUACACCCAGGAUGUGAAUGGAGAGUGUAUUGAUGUGAAUGAAUGCACCAGCAGCCCCUGUCACCAUGGUCACUGUGUCAACACUCCUGGCUCCUACCACUGCCAGUGUCAUAAGGGCUUCCAGGCCACGCUCACCAAGCAAACAUGUGUAGAUGUAGAUGAGUGCAUCAUCCAUGGCAGCCUUUGCCACAUGGGCCACUGUGUCAACACAGAGGGCAGCUUUCAGUGUGUGUGCAAUGCAUACUUUGAUCUCAGCCUAGAUGGCAGGAGAUGCAUGGAUCACAAUGAGUGUGCCACUGGCACUACAUGCCUGAAUGAUCUGUGCAUCAGUGAGAAUGGGAGCUUCACAUGUCUAUGAAAACCCAGCUUCAUGCUGGGCCCUGGUGGCAGCUCCUAUCGUGUCCCUCUCAUCUCGGACAUAGAUCAGUGCCAGACCGCAGGCAUCUGAGUGAAUGGCCACUGUGCCAACACCGAGGGGUCCUUCCUCUGCCAGUGCCCUGGAGGGAUGGUGGUGGGUGCAGGUGGCUCUGUGUGCACAGACACCCAUAUGCAUAGCAUGUGUUAUGGGGCUAUAGAGAAGGGCUCCUGUACCCACCCCUUCCCUGGCAUUGUCACGAGAUCUGAAUGCUGUGCCAGUUCAGAGCAUGGCUCUGGAGUUCCCUGACAGCCCUGUCCAACCAAGAACUCAGCUGAGUUCCAGACACUCUGCAUCAUUGGACUUGGCAUCACCACAGAUGGGGUGGGUCUGAACACCAGAGCUGGGAACUAUUUCUUGGACACACAUGACCGAGGUGACGGUGGCAUUUCCUGCAGUGCAGAGGUUGGAGUUGGUGUCACCAGAGCCUCCUGCUGUUUUUCCCUGGGCCGGGCCUGGGGCACCCCCUGUGAGCCAUGUCCAAUGGACAGCACUACCAAGUACAGUACUCUGUGCCCAGGUGGCAGGGGUUUCUGGCCCAAUCUCAUCACUGUGAUUCCAGAAGACACUGAUGAAUGCCAGGAGCUUCCUGGGCUGUGCCAGGGAGGUGACUGCACCAACACCUUUGGUAGCUUCCAGUGUGAGCACCGUCUGGGAUACCACCUCAAAGAAGAUACCUACACCUUUGAGGAUAUCGAUGAAUGUUCUACCAACCCAGGCAUCUGUGGCCCUGGCACAUGCUACAACACUCUGAGAAAAUACACCUGUGUCUGCCCUGCAGAUUACAUGCAGCGUAGCAGUGCCAACAACUGUGUGGACAUGAGAAAGAGCACAUGAUUCUGGCAUUAUAAUGGCACAUGUAGGAAUGAACUGACCUUCAACAUGACCCAGAAGAUAUACUGCUGUUCCUACAACAUUGGCCAGGCCUGGAAUAGACCCUAUGAAGCCUGUCCCACCCCUGCCAGCUCUGAGUACCAGGUCCUUUGUGGGAACCAAGUCCCCAGCUUUGUCAUUAAUGUCCAUACAGGAAAACCCGUUGAUAUUGAUGAGUGCAGGGAGAUUCCGGCCAUCUGUGCCCAUGGCGUCUGCAUCAACCAGAUUGGGAACUUCUAUUGCAACUGCCCCAUGGGCUUCGACUACAAUAGCAACCUGCUGGCCUGUGAAGAUGUGGAUGAGUGUGCAAACCAAGAGAUCCCCUGCCAGAGGAAUGUAGACUGCAUCAACAUCCCUGGAAGUUACUGAUGCGAGUGUGCCCGAGGGUUCAAGCUGACCCCCAGUGGAGCCUGCAUGGGAUGGAACAAGUGUCAGAGCAUCCCAAAUGUCUGUAAUCACGGUGACUGUGUAGACACUGAGGACAGCUACGUUUGUCUCUGUCACCAUGAUUUCUGAGCCUCAGCUGACCCAACCCUGUAUCUGGGCCUUGAUGAGUGUGACCAGCAACUGUGUGGAAACGGGAACUGCAGGAACAUCAUUGGCUCCUACAUCUGCCUGUGCUUCCCUGGCUUUGUAGCAACACACAACAGGGACUGUGCAGAUGUUGAUGAGUGUACCAUCUUGGCGGGGCAAGUGUGUCAAUUUGGCCAGUGCUUCAACACAGCUGGCUCCUUCCACUGUUUUUGCCAAGAUGGGUUUGAGCUCACCGCCAAUGGGAAGAACUGUGUGGACAUCAAUGAGUGUCUCAGCCUUGCAGGAACCUGCCUGCCAGGCACCUGCCAAAACCUUGAGGGUUCCUUCUGCCGCAUCUGCCCCCAUAGCUUCCAGGUGCAGGCUAAACAUUGCAUUGGUAAACAUGAAUGCUUAGAGGAGCCCAACUUCUGCCUCUCUGGCACCUGUACCAACCAUCCUGGGAGCAUCCAGUGCCUGUGCCCCGCUGGCUUUGUCCUCUCUGACAAUGGGCAUCAUUGUUUUGACACACGGCAGAGUUUUUGCUUCACCCGUUUUGACUCUGGGAAGUGUUUGGUGGCCAAAGCUUUCAUUGCCACCGAGACCCGGUGCUGCUGCAGCAAGAGACCUGGGGAGGGCUGGGGUGACCCCUGUGAGCUGUGUCCUCAGGAGGGCAGUGUUACUUUUCAGAAACUCUGUCCCUUUGGCCAUGGGGCAGUCCCAGGCCCGGAUGACUCCAGAGAAGAUGUGGAUGAGUGUGUGGAGAACCCGGGCAUCUGCACUAACGGCUUCUGCCUCAACACUGAUGGCUCCUUCCGAUGCCAGUGUCCCUUCGGCUACAGCCUGGACUUCACUGGCAUCAACUGUGUGGACAUAGAUGAAUGCUCUAUUGGGCAUCCCUGUGGGCAGGACAGUUGUACUAAUGUCAUCAGAGGCUUCAGAUGCACCUGGGCAGAUGACUUUGAGGCUGGCCCCAUGAUGACCUGUGAAGACACCAACAAGUGUACCCUGAACCCACUACUAUGUGUUUUCUGUUGCCACAACACUGAGGGCUCCUACCUCUGCACCUGCCCAGCUGGUUACACCCUGUGGAAGGAUGGUGCCAUGUGCCAAGAUAGGAAUGAGUGUAAGGAUGGGUCUCAAGAUUGCUACAACCUUGUCAUGCUGUGCAAAAACCUCAUUGGCACCUACACCUGCAUCUGCCCACCAGGCAUGCAGCCCCAGCCCUCUGGAGAGGGCUGCACAGGUGAGGAUGAAUGUCAAGCCAAGUCCAGCCUCUGUGCCCAUGACCACUGCAUCAACACGGUGGGCAGCUUCUGGUGCAACUGUGACAAAGAUUUCCGGCCCAAACCCACCCUCACAGAGUGCCACGACAUCCGGCAGGGGCUCUGCUACUCUGAAGUGCUACAGGCCAUGUGCCAGAAUUGGUCGAGCAGUGGUGAGGCUGUUCCCAAGACCAUGUGCUGCUGUGGGGGUGGUCGGGGCUGGGGGCCUCACUGCGAGCUCUGUCCCCUGCCUGGCACCUCUGCCUACAGGAACCUCUGCCCCCAUGGCACAGGCUAUAACACUGAGGGCAAAGACAUGGAUGAGUGCCUCAUGCUCACUGAUCAAUGUGCCCAUGGGGAGUGUAUCAAUAGCAUUGGCUCCUUCCACUGUCACUGCCAGGCUGGGUACAUACCAGAUGCCACUGCCACUACCUGCACAGAUUUGUUUGAGUGCAGCCAGGACCCCAAGCCGUGUUCCCUCCACUGCAAAAACAGGGACGGCAGCUUCCUGUGUGCCUGCCCCGGAGGAUAUCUGCUGGAGGAAGACUGCAGGAUCUGCAAAGACAUAAACGAGUGCACCUCCAGGCAGCACAAUUGCCAGUUCAUCUGCAUCAACAUCAUGGGCGCCUUCACCUGACACUGACCUCCUGGCUUCACCCAGCACCACCAGGCUUGCUUUGACAAUGAUGAGUGCUUGGCCCAGCCUGGCCCAUGUGGCAUCCGUGGACAAUGCCACAACACCCCAGGCAGCUUCCAGUGCGAGUGUGAUCUAUGCUUCAUCCUGGACAGUUCUGGCCACAGCUGUAAAGACAUAAAUGAAUGUAAUGAGCCCCAUUGCUGCCAACAUGGCUGUCAGAACGAGCUGGGAGGCUAUCGUUGUAGCUGCCCCCAGGGCUUCACCCAGCAUUCCUAGUGGACCCAGUGUGUGGAUGAGAAUGAGUGUGCAUUGUCACCCAUGGCCUGUGGCAGUGCUUCUUGCCACAACACACCUGGUGGCCUCCACUGUGUCUGCCCCUCUGGCUUCAACUUCAACCAGGCCUUCAGAGGCUGCCAGGAUGUGGAUGAGUGUGCCAAGCAAGGUAACCCCUGCAGCUAUGGUUGUGCCAACAUGCCUGGAGGCUUCUUGUGUGGCUGUCCCCAAGGCUACUUCUGAGUUGGGCAAGGGCACUGCAUCUCUGGCCUCAACUUCGGCCCUGGCUCUCCAGACACCCCAGAGGAGGAGAAGCUGUUCUCACCUGAAGCCUGCUAUGAAUGCAGGAUCAUUGGCCUCCCCCCUCAGGACCGAGCACAACACAGCAUCCAUGGGAGCUACCAGGUGAGCCUAGCCACCCUUGACACAGAAGCCCUUGACUUGGCCCUGAGCCUCUCACGCCUGGGCCAGGCCAAGCAUAUUUUAGAAUUGGGACUAGCUCUUGAGAGUCUGGAAGGCUGGGUCCGCUAUGUCAUCGCCCACGGUAACAAACAUGGUUUCUUCCACAUGAGUCACCCGGACAGCCUCAGCUCCCUACAGCUGGGCCAUCGGAGACCCAGACCUGGGAUGUACCAGCUAGAGGUGAUAAGCAUGGUAGGAGUUCCAGGCAUUGGACCAGGGCCAGAAAGCUGAGCCUUGCGGCUGAACGUUCAACUGCAGCUGCUCUGA